UUAUGCCUGUGUGUGUUGUAGAUCCGAGCGGGUGAACCUGCGGCCAUAAUUUCCCGUGAGCUUUCCGAACAGACCAAGGGUCACAUGCACGCGGGUGACAUCACCUACACCGUCCGGGCAAUGGGUCACCUGAUCGACCUGCUGGACGUCCAGCUCAGGAAUCUCACCCCUGGAGGAAAGGACAGCGCCGCUCGGAGCCUCAACAAGCUGCAGAAAAGGGAGCGCUCGUGUCGAUAUUUCGUCCAGGCGAUGGUGGAGACAGUGAAUAACCUGCUGCAGCCGCAGGCGAGGACGGCGUGGAUGGAGCUGUUGAGCGGAGAUCAGCUGCGCGCCGCAACCAUGCUGCUGGACACCGUCGAGCAGGGCGCCUUCGUGCUCGCAGACAACCUGCUGAAGACUGACGUCGUGCAGGAAAACACCGAAAACAUCCAGCUGGAGGUGGCGAGGAUGAGCACAGAUGGAAAUCUUCCCGAUCUGAAGUUUCCACAGACGGGAGGCCAGGGAAACGCCAUCCACCUGUCAGCCAACACCCUCAAACAACACGGCAGAAACGGGGAAAUCCGGAUGGCGUUCGUCCUGUACAAGCAUCUGGGUUCGUAUCUGUCCACUGAAAAUGCCAGCAUGAAGUUCAGCAGCGAGACGUUGAACACAAACUACUCUGUCAUCGUCAACUCUCCCGUUAUAACGGCGGCCAUCAACAAAGACAGUAACAAAGUCUACCUGUCUGACCCCGUCAUUGUAAAUAUUUACUGUGCAACAUAUUCAGUUUGUUCUUCCUCGUCUUCCAGCAGUCUGAGGAGGGAAUUCAACCCAACUGUUCAUUCUGGAGCUACUCGAAGCGCAGUUAUGACGGGCGUUCUGGGUCGUACACCGCGCGUGUCUUCUGCCGGCUGCUGGAAUCCCAACCGAAAACGCCACACCACCUUGCUCCUUCCCUUUUCUCAACUCACCAACUUUGUCGCCUGUGCUCGCAAUGGAUCACGUGGAAUGUGA